UCAACGCCAACAUGGCAAGCCCUGGCGUUAAUCUUGCUGUCACAAAGGACGGUGGGGUCUACAACAAGCUCCAGCGACCAGACAAUUAUCUCGUACCGACAACAGCUCGUCUGCCACCAUUGGCCGCGGCAGUUCCCCCCACGCCUUACACGAGUAAACGAAAGCGCGGACAAGAUGAUGUACCAGGAGGCAAGCGGGCGAGAGCGGAAGACAAAUUUGCGCAGACUAAGAGUGGGAGUACUGGUAGAGAGUGUGGUAUGCGAACGAUGCUACCGGGAGCGAACGAGGAAGAACAGCUAUCAGACGACUCCACGAGUGAGGCAUUAGCAUAUCUUCGCAGCGUUAGAUCUGAAGCAUCAAUGAUCCCACCAUUGCUCGUAGCCCCGACUGGCGACAGAGGUGAUGACGAAAACGAUGUCCAUUCGGCAUAUAGCGACGCGUCCGAUAGACACCGAUUAGUAUACAAGGACGGCAUUUGGAUCGCCCUAGAUAACAAUUACGAUACUACCCACGAUGAAGAUGAGUGGGACGAGGAUUACUGCAACCCCGAUCCACAAGAAACCUGUUACAAUCAGCUACUCAAACGGUUCCAAUCCCUACGCCACCAAAUUCUCAAGGCCGACACAAGUAGCUCUAUUCAGAAUGCAGUGGAAGCUUCUGAAAAAUCACAUAAUACACAACCCCCGAGAAACAAGCGCGCAUGGCUACAGACAAUCGACCGAGACUAUCCUACUCUAGCUCAAGUCCUUCAAAUAGACGAGCGGAACUUGUAUUUCGGUCUUCAAAUUUGCGCUUCGUCCUUGAGUCAAUCUACUUUGAUUUCCCGCGAGAAGUGCUGCUGGAUCUGGUCUUUGUUGGCCUCAGCAGGAGACAUUGGUACGCUGGAUCACGAACGUAUUAGCAAAAUUCGAGACUUGGGUCUUCAAGUAGGCCGUCUUAGUGUCCGGCUUCGAGAAAAUAGCGUCUGUCACCAACGCUCUGAUGAUGAGAAUGCUGUUGCAGGCCAAUCGAGGGUUAGAGAAGAAGAUUCUCCUCGUGACGAUGGAGAGGGGGCCAUUGAGGACUCUGAAGAGACGAAGCCUGGCAUGGCCACAGACUUGCCGCAGGACGGGGAGAUUGGAGAGGUUGACGGAGUCGAUUGUUUCUUGCCCGAAUUGGGAAACGAAGUGCGACAUAGGGGCUCUCUGAAAGGAAACACGAGCGAGUCCGAGGCGGAGAUGUCCAUGUCCGAAAAUGAGGACCAAAGUCACGAUGACGCGGGCACGAAGGAUCUUGAGCAAGCGCGGGAACGCUUGCUUGCACAACUCGGCGAUCGAUUGGUACAGCCCCGGGUCCCUUCGUCGCGAGUAGAAGCUGAGAGGCAGCGCCAGCAGAUGCGAGGACACAAGUCACACAAAGAGACUACCGCACACGCCCAUACCGACGGUGGCGUACCUCGUGACGCGAAAGUUGAAAGCUUUGCGCUCACCGACGCUGAGUGGAACACGAGGGUCGCCAUUGACAUGAUCUUGACCGUGGUGGUAGAGUGCUACGGGCAGAAAGAUUUGGUGGAGUUUAGGGAGGCGUGGUGAGAGUGCGCGGCCUGGCACUGGGCUGUACACAGGCGACAUGCGUUGAUGCAAAAUUCUCAGAAGCUCUAGAUACCCAGACACCAAUACUACAAUGUUCCCUUCCUUC